CACAGUGGUCUGGGGUGCAGCCUUGACCGGAAUAGGUGCCUUCCCUUGAAACUCAGAGGCUCCCCGGAUCCCUCACUUUGCCAGCCGGAGCAGCUUUGGGGCGGGGCCCCUACUGGAGACAUGACGGGGAAACUGCCAUUGGGUGCUGUCUCACCGUACAUCAAGAUCAGUUCGGGGGGCUGUGCAGACCCUCUCAAAUUCUACGCCACCAGCUACUGCACUGCCUAUGGUCGAGAGGGCUUCAAGCCCCAGAAGGGCCACGCUUCUGGAACUGGAUACCAAACCAAUUAUCGACCCAUUGUCUCCUACAAGCCCAGCCUGGACAGAGUGGACAACCCAGCCAUGGGGGAGCUCCUCAAGGACAACUACCAGACUGUCACCAGCCAACACUUCCGCCCCCACGAACUACCCGACGGCAAAUACCCGCUGCCCUGGAGCGUGCAUCAGCCGGGCAGUGGUUACAUGCGUGAGAAGCCCAUAACCUGCCCCACCACCAAGGAGGUCAAGAAGGUCCAUUUCAAUACCCAGGAUCGUGGAGCCGAAGCCAUUACGGGCCUGGAGCCCAAGGCUGUGCCCGUCCUCCACAAGUCCCUGCAGGAGGGCACCCCGGAUCGGGAGAAUGCCAGACACGGCCCCCGGUUCAUGUCCACGGAGUACGGCUCCAAGUUCCGCUUUGACGUCCCCGGCCAGCCAGAUUUCCUCCAGAAGAAGACAAUCGGCGCCAAGGAGGAGACGGGCUUCACUGAGGACUCUCACAAGAAUCCCAUCAUUUCCCAGCCGCCAUCGCAGGCUCUCCCUGGAGAUCCUAUUCUUGCCCCGAGCGUGAGCAUCACCAAGACGGAUUAUGUCCCUUCGGUCCUACCAUGUGGGGACGAGGUCUUGCCUAUGCUUGCCAGAAAUUCUGAGAGAGAGACGGCCUUCAGCCGUGACAAGGACAAGUCUCUCAACUCUGCGGCUCCGCCGCUGGGAAUGACUCCGCUCCUGCACCCUGGCACCGUUGAGUCCAGCAGCACGAGUCACAGACAGUUCCAGGGCCUCCAGCACCCGCCCAAGACUACCACUGGCCUCCUGGGCCGGGUCUCUGUGGGGUGUAAGGAGCCUUCGGGGUUCUCCAUCAACAACCCCAGCUAUGUCCGAACUUCCUAUGAUCCUGACGUGGCCAAUCAUUACCUGACCAGCUAUAGCCAGAAGUUCUUCGAGAACAUCCCCAAGGGCUUGGACCGAGAGGGCUGGACUCGAGGUGGGGUCCAGCCCCAGCAACCUGGGGGCUUUGGGGUCAACCAGCCCCCCACCAGCCUGGGCAGCUCCCCCAACCCCACCGAGACGCUGAGACGUGUACACCCCCAAGUCGGCAGAGUCUUGACGACUAAGGAUCCCUUCUUCAGGGAUACAUCUCACAACAACCGGUUCUCAACUUUGCAGCGCCCAUCCUGAGGAGGUUGGGGCCCAGCUCGGGGCAGAGGUAGGAGUGCUAACACUCUGGCCACUCAUCCGAGCAACUGCAAGCUACUUUUCUAAGGAAAUAAAGACCUAAGAUUC